AUGGCUGAACACCUGGAGGACCAUCUUCAAUGUCCCAUCUGUCUGGACGUCUUCAAAGAUCCUGUCAUGCUGCCGUGCAGUCACAACUUCUGCCGUUCUUGUCUGCAGCAGUGGAAGGACAAAGGAGAACGAUCGUGUUCAUUCUGUAGAGCAGAGUUUAUUAGUUCAAUGGAUCCGCCUUCGAACUUGGCACUGAAGAAUCUAUGUGAGAACCUUUCACGAGCAUCAGUCAAGUCAGAAGACAUGUGCAGCUUGCACAAAGAGGAACUCAAACUCUUCUGUUUGGACCACCAGGAGCUUGUGUGCAUCGUCUGCAGGAACGCUGGAAUCCAUGAUGGCCACAAUUUUAGGCCCCUUGAAGAAGUCCAUGAGAAACUCCAGAAAAGCCUGCAAAAUGCCGAGGAAAGACUCCAAGAUUACGAAGACUGUCGAAAGAAUUGCAAUGAACAUGCAGAGUACAUCAACGUCCAGAGGGAGAAGGUCGAACUCAAGAUUGAGAAGGAUUUUGAGGAGCUCCGUCACUUUCUCGACGUCGAGAAGGAGGCAAGGUUGGCUGCAGUCAGGGAGGAAGGGAAGACGAAGGGUCAAAUGAUGAAAAAGAAGAUGGCGGCUCUCGACCGACAAAUAGCCGCUCUCUCGGAUGCCAUCAGAAGUACUGAUUCUGGCAAUGUUUCUUUCAUGAAGAAGUUCAAGACUGGGAUGAGCAGAAUCCAAGAGCUCCCUGAAAAGCCGCAGCUGCUGCCAGGAGGUCUGCUGGACGAAGCUAAACAUGUGGGCAACCUGAAAUUCAAGGUGUGGGAGCGGAUGAAGGAGACUCUCUCCUACAGUCCUGUCAUUCUGGACCCCAACACGGCCGUUUCAGGACUCCGUCUGUCCGAAGAUCUAAGCAGUCUGAGUUGGGAUGACAUACAGCAGCAGCGUCCAAAUAAUCCAGAAAGGUUCUUCUCGCAUUCUGUGAUGGGUUGUGCUUUGGACUCGGGAAGACACGUGUGGGACAUUGAAGUGGGAGACAACAAUAAUUGGCAUGUGGGGGUCGCGCUGGGGGACGCUUCUUUGCGAGACACAAUGGUUGGUUGGUACAUUACAUUUAUCAAAGGGAAAUACACAAAGUCCUCCUACUAUGAGGUACAGUGGAAUCCUCCGGUCAAAGUGAAGAGGAUCCAAGUUGAAGUGGACAUGAAUGAAAGGUCAUUGUCCUUCUCUGAACCUCUUACAAACACCAGAUUGUGGACUUUGAUUUCUUUCGAUUGGCCAGACUUGUCCAGUAACACCAGAAUGUAUCCUUACUUUAUGACAAAACAUAAAAGUCCUCUAAAGAUAAUCCCCAUUCCACCUUGUGUUACCACUGCCAUCAAUUAG